AUGUCCCUCUACCAUGAGGCUGCCGAUGUGCUGGACACCUCCAAAUUGGACGGCGGGAAUCUCAGGUCUCGCGUCUUCGGCCGCAAAGAUCGAAAAUCGUCGCCUGCCCAGAUCUACGCCUUAGCCCUCGAGACUUGCAAAUGGAGCCUGGUCUUGAAAGAGGUUGUCGAGAAUGCGCAGCUCCUGCAACACGAGAAGAAGCUUACUCCCCUCCUCUCGCUGCUCCUAGUCCAUGAUUUCCUGCUCUCCAAGAGCGGCAUCGCGCUCCCGGCGUCUCACGGUCUCCGAGCUUCCAUCGAGCGUCAUAAAGCCCGACUUACCUCAGAGUUUACACGAGCCAGAGUCCGAAGAAAAUGCCCCACGAUCGAUGCACUGAGGGAGGUGGUAGAAGCAGAUGCCAUUCCGGACGAUGCACAUCCACGCUGGAUCAGGAUCAAUGCUGUGAGGACUACGCUGGAGCAAGAGCUGGAGACAACAUUCAAGGAUUUUGAAAUAGUGCAGUCUCCUGUGCAAGUGGUGAAGGGCACGGCAAAGUCUAUUCACAUCGACGAGCAUAUCCCCAAUCUUGUGGCCGUCUCUCCGAGAUUCGACUUCACCAAGUCAGCCGCCUACAAGUCUGGAGCCCUUAUCUUGCAGGACAAGGCAUCGUGUUUCCCGGCAUAUCUACUUAACCCAACACCUGCAGGUGGCGAUGUCAUCGACUCAUGCGCCGCCCCAGGGAAUAAGACGACACAUAUAGCAGCGAUACUGCGUGGGCAUUACGAUGUUGCAGGAGAUGUCAAGCAGACCAUACAUGCAUUUGAAAAAGACGCUAGGAGAGCCAGAACCCUCGAGAAAAUGGUGAAGCUAGCUGGGUCGGAUAUCUUUACCCGAAUAAACCAGGGUCAAGAUUUUCUUAAAGUCAACCCCGCCGACGAACUUUAUCAAAACGUCGGGGCACUUCUGUUAGACCCUAGCUGUUCUGGCAGCGGCAUUGUAGGACGCGAUGAUAUGCCCGAGCUGCACCUACCAGUGCUGCCAGGUGCUAAUGGAUCGCGCAAUCCCAAACAGAAGUCGAAGGAAACUUCCGCCAGCAAGCGCAAGCGCGACGAUGCUGAGGAGAUUGCGGAGAACGUCAUGGUUGAUGAUGAUGGCAAUACGACAGUCUUAUCAUCUGAAAAGGACCUCAACGCGCGGCUGGCCUCGCUCUCGUCCUUCCAGCUUACUCUGCUACUGCACGCCUUCCGGUUCCCUGCGGCUAAGAGGAUAACAUACUCGACCUGUUCAGUGCAUGUAGAGGAGAACGAAGGAGUGGUUCUCAGCGCUUUGCAGUCUGACAUCGCAGGGAAAAGAGGGUGGCGGAUUUUGGAACGAGCACAUCAACCCAGUGGCAUGCAAAAGUGGCCCGUACGCGGUCUUGAAGGCGCUUGUCCGGGACAAAGCAAUGUUGCAGACGCCUGCAUAAGAGCAUACAAAGAUGACGGCCGCGGAGUCAUGGGCUUCUUCGUUGCUGCUUUUGUCCGGGACGGCGAUAUUGACGAUGCGGACGCCUACGACAACACCGGAGGCAUAGGGGAGAUGUCAGGGGGACAAUCGGCCACAGCAACCGCAUUGGUUCCCUCUCCUCACUCACGUGGCAAGCGGCCUAAGACACAGCCUCAAUCUGCCUAUAUUGAUGAGCGCGACCACAACAACGUUGAGGUGCACGAGGAGAGUGACUGGAGCGGCUUUGAUGACUAA